AUGGAUUCGCUUGUCCCUCCAUCCAAGGAGCAAUUCGAGCACAUCGCUCGCAUCCAGGAGCAAAAGGAGCAAGAACUUCGGCAGAGGGAUAGAGAAUAUAGACGCCAGUUGACCCUGCUAAACAAGGAACGGAGCCGGUCCACAAGCCAUGACGGCCAGGAGAACAAGGAAAGGGAACUGGCCGCCCGCCUGAUUCAAAAGACUUUCCGGGGCCACCGAACCAGGAGAGAAAUGGAAGGCUACAGUCUCGAUGCUAGUUCAAGGUGGAUGAGUGCGAUCCGGGAGGCUGAGUUUCGCCAGUAUACGACGCCGAGAGCAAGGAGUGACACGGCAGGGUCCUCCACCGGGCAAGAAGAAGGCUCGGGCGGGCCGGUCAUGUCCAAUGCGAGGCGAAACUGGAAGAAGGCAAGCAUAGUGGCUCGGCGAGCCGGCCACGACGACGUGGAAUCUGACAUGUCGUCCAUAUCAUCGGCGAGCUCAGAUGAUGAGUCGCCGGAGGAGAAGGACCGCAUCCGGAAGCUCCGGGACAAGUUACUCGCUGGUCGGCGCACCCAAGCCCAGACGAUGGGCUUACAAUACUUCCUGGAAAUGGUUGAUGUCAAGCAUCGGUACGGAAGUAAUUUGCGGACGUACCAUUCUGAAUGGCUGAGAUCCGAGACAACUGAAAACUUCUUCUACUGGCUAGAUAUCGGCGAAGGGAAGAACAUCGAGCUCGACUCGUGUCCAAGAGAUAGACUGGAGCGGGAGAAGGUGCGAUACUUGUCUCGGGAAGAGCGCCAAUAUUACCUGGUGAAGGUUGAUGAUGAGGGAAGGCUCAGAUGGGCCAAGAAUGGCGUCCGGAUUGAUACGACUGAGAAAUUCAAGGACAGCAUCCAUGGUAUCGUCCCUGCUGACGACCCCACGCCAGCCUUCAACCCUGAAGUUGUCCCACGCCUCUCUUCAUCCAUGUCAAGUAGUCGGAGCCGUAGUAGCUCCCUCUCCUCACUCGAGUCGCGGCGCGAGGCUGACCGAGCCGCCAAGUACAACGACCCCGACUUUGACCAACAACCCCCGAUGAAGAAGAUCACACACUUCUCUGCCUCGACCAUCUGGAACAAAAUGCUACGCAAGUCUGUACGGGAUGGCACGUGGAUCUUCGUAGCGGACACUUCGUUCCGGCUCUACGUUGGUAUCAAAGCAUCUGGAGCAUUCCAGCACUCGUCAUUCCUUCAAGGCAGUCGAAUAUCUGCAGCAGGCCUCAUCAAGAUUAAAAACGGACGUAUCUCUUCACUUUCACCGCUCAGCGGCCACUAUCGCCCACCCACCAGCAACUUCCGCGCUUUCGUUAGGAGUCUAAAGGAAGCGGGCGUAGACAUGAGCCAUGUGUCUAUAUCAAAGGCCUAUGCCGUCCUUGUAGGCUUGGAAGUGUACGUCAACACAAGAAAGAAGAGCAAGAAGCUUAUCCAGGAUAUGAUGCAUCGCAAAGACAAGGUAGUGGCACCAGAGGUGGCACACCAGCGGGAGGAGGAGGCCAAGGAUACGAGCCAAAGUGCGCAGAGAGAGAGGGAGGUGGUACAGGGGGAGGAAGCGGAGAAGCAUGAGAAUAAGGCAGCAGUCAAGGUGAUGAGGAAGUUGAAAAUCAGGCCAAGUACCCCAAGCAGCUGA